UGUAGCUACCUAGUAUUCAUUUCUAUGGGUUGAAUGGAGCUCUCUGGGUGGCACAAGCCAGUGCAAACUGUAGGCCGGUCCCAAGCCCGGAUAAAUGCAGUGGGUUGUGUGGAUUACAUUUUGUGCAGACAAUGUAAUCUGAAGGAGGUUACUGACUGUAAAUUAGUGGUAGGGGAGAGUGUGGCUAGACAGCAUAGGAUGGUGGUGUGUAAAAUGACUCUGGUGGUGGGGAAGGAGAUUAGGAAGACACAGGCAGAGCAGAGAACAAUGGGGUGGAAGCUAAGAAAGGAAGAGUGGUGUGCGCCUUUUCGAGAAGAGAUGAGACAGGCUCUUGGUGGAUAGGUGGCGCUUCCAGAAGACUGGACCAGGACAGCUAAGGCGAUCAGAGAGUCAGGCAGGAGAGUACUUGGUCUACCUUCUGGUAGGAAAGGGGAGAAGGAGACUUGGUGGUGGAACCUCAAAGUACAGGAAAUCAUGCAAGAAUAGAGGUUCGCUAAGAAGAAGGGGGACACUGAGAGGACUGAAGAGACGAGAAAGGAAUACAUGGAGAUGUGACAUACGGCAAAGGUAGAGGAGGGAAAGGCCAAACGAGGCAUAUGAUGACAUGUAUGCCGGGUUGGACACUAAAGAAGGAGAAAAAUAUCUAUAUACAUUGGCCAGACAGAGGGAUAGAGAUGGGAAGGAUGUGCAGCAGGUCAGGGUGAUGAAGGAUAGAGAUGAAAAUAUGUUGGCUGGUGCCAGUAGUGUGCUAGAUAGAUGGAAAGAGUACUUCGAGGAGUUGAUGAAUGAGGAAAAUGAGAAAGAAGGCACUAAAGAGGAUGAAAAAUGGAAAGGCAGUUGCUCUAGGAGAGGUGGCUGUGAAGUGUUUGACCAGCUUGUUCAACAGAAUUCUAGCGAGUGAGAAAAUUCCUGAGGAAUGGAGGAAAGGUGUCCUGGUGCCCAUUUUUAAUAACAAGUGUGAUGUGCAGAGCUGUGGAGGAACUAUAGAGGAAUAAAGUUGAUUAGCCACACAAUGAAGUUAUGAGAAAGAGUAGUGGAGCCUCGACACAGGACAGAAGUGAGUAUUUGCGAGCAACAGGAUGGUUUCAUGCCUUGAAAGAGUACCACAGAUGCAUUAUUUGUCUUGAGGGUGUUGAUGAAAAAGCACAGAGAAGGUCAGAAGGAGCUACAUUGUGUCUUUGUAGAGCUAGAGAAAGCCUACGACAGAGUACCCAGAGACGAACUGUGGUACUGCAUGCGGAAGUCUGGAGUGGCAGAGUAGUAUGUUAGAAUAAUACAGGACAUGUACGAGGGCAGCAGAAAAGUGGUGAGGUGUGACAGAGGAGUUUAUGGUGGCGGUGGACUGCGUCGGGGAUCAGCCCUGAGUCCCUUCCUCUUUGCAGUGAUGAUGGAUAGGCUGACAGAUGAGGUUAGGAAAGAUUAUAAAACGGUGGUGAUGAUGUACGGAUUAGAGACAGUGGCACUGAAGAGACAACAGGAAGCAGAGCUGGAGGCGGCGGAAAUGAAGAUGUUCAGGUUCUAUCUCGGAGUGACCAGGUUGGAUAGGAUUAGAAAUGAGCUCAUCAGAGGGACAGCCAAGGUUCGAUGUUUAUGAGACCAAGUUAGAGAGCGCAGACUUCGACUGGUUGGACACGUUCAGAGGAGAAAUAGUGAGUAUAUUGGUCGAAGGAUGAUGAGGAUGGAGCUGCUCGAGGAAGACCAAAGAGAAGGUGGAUGGAUGUCGUGAGGGAAGACAUGAGGGCAGUUGGUGGUCGAGAGGAGGAUGCAGGAGAUAGGCUGACAUGGAAAAGUAUGACACAUUGUGGCGACCCCUCACGGGACAAGCUGAAAGGAAAAGAAGAAGUUUAUUUCUAAGGGUUGGCCAGUUACUGGGAUAUGUCAGCCGUCCACCAUAUUGGAUGUGGCAGAUAUGCUCUUAAACUAAUCAAGAUGAGCAAAAGAGUGAUCGUGAGCCCAGACUCGUUCCCUGAUGAGACUGACUGGUUAAAUUCGCUGACGUGGCUCAACACUCUUUUGAAGACCAAAUUCCGACGCGUCCAGCACACGUGUUCCGGUGCGUGUCACUGCCAGAUCAUGGACUGCGUCAUACCAGGCUCAAUCGACAUGACCAAGGUGAAGUUUGAUGCAAAAGCCGAGCAGGACUGCAAGCACAACUUCAGUCUCCUCCAAGAGGCCUUCACCAAGAACCACAUCACAAGGAACAUUCCAUGUGAUGAACUCAUAAAAGGGGAUUUUAAAAUCAACUUUGAGUUCCUCUUAUGGUUCAAAGCCUUCUACACAGCCAAUGUGACAGAUGAAGAAUACGAUGCCGUGAAUGCUCGCAACAACCGUGAUAUCAGCCUGUACCUGCCAUCUAACAACUCUACAAAAUGCAGCACUAAACCGGACCACUCCACUAAAGACAGCAGAUUUAAGAAAACCGAGCCGCUGGCCCCCAGCAAGGACCUGGAAAUUGGAGAUGAAGACUCUCUGUGUGACAGUGAAGGCUUGACAGAGAGCAAUGAUGAACACAUGUCAGACGGCACCUAUAAUAAAAAAGUACCACAAGACAUACACAAGAUACGCGACGGCCCACUUGGACAGAAUGGAAACUCUUGGAAAAAGACCCUGGCCAUUGGAGAUGAAGAAUCUCUGUGUGACAGUGAAGGCUUGACAGAGAGCAAUGAUGAACCCAUGUCAGACGGCGCCGAUAACAAAAAAGUGCCACGAGAACGGAAUGAGCUCUAUAUGAGAGCUAUAAAGCCGUGUCACGUACUCCUUACCAAAUUAAAAGACCUAAACAUAAACAACAUACACGACGACCCACUUGGAGAGAGCGACGACUCUGAUGAAAGGGAGGAAAUAACCUCGCCCCCCCAUAAAGCGCCCAGAGGACAACGAAAAGCGGCUUACCAGGAUGGGAAAGGGUUUUUGACUGGUGAGCUUGUGUGGGGGAGAGUUGAGGGGUGUCCUUGGUGGCCCGGUUUGGUCAUUCCUUGGAAAAAGAGGUUUGCACCUAAAAGUUUGCGGCGGGUCGAAUGGUUUGGAGACGGAACGUUCUCAAAGAUCAAAACGGAAGCUUUGCUGCCGUUCAAUGAUUUCACUGGAAAUUUUUGCAAAAAUUCAUUUGCCAGCCUGCCCACCUACAAGGAGGCCAUCUUCCAGGUCAUAGAGCUGGCAAGUGAACGCUGUGACAAGUCCUUUGAAGAGGCAAAAGGAGAUAAAGAAAAAGAACUAAAUCUGAUGCUGGACUGGGCCUUGAAAGGAUUUCUGCCGACAGGACCGGAGGGAUUCGCACCAGUUUCUCUUCAAGACGCCGCAAAAUUAGAUUCGGACUCUGCUCAUUCUGACUGGCAGCCGCCAGUGAAAAAGAAAUUUGCUUCUAAGAGUAGGGCAAGCACCUCCAACUACACCUUCACAAGAGACAUUUUAAUUAAGCGACUUAAAGACAAAGGCACAAAAAUCAAAGAUUGUUGUUUGUGUUGCGGGUCCCCUGAGAUCGAAGCGCAACACCCGUUGUUUGAAGGCGGUCUUUGUUUCAAAUGCAAGGAGAACUUCACAGAAACGCUGUAUCGCUACGAUGAAGAUGGCUACCAGUCAUACUGCACCGUGUGCUGCGGGGGGUCGGAGGUCAUUCUUUGUGGUAACACCGGCUGCUGCAGAUGUUUCUGUAAGGAGUGUGUGGAGAUCCUGGUGGAACGGGGAACCUUUAACAAGCUGAAAGAGGUCGACCCCUGGAGCUGCUACGUGUGCCAGCCGGCACAGUGCCAGAGAAACCUCAAACUCAGGCCGGACUGGAGCGUUAGGGUCCAAGACUUCUUUGCCAACAACAGUGCCAUGGACUUCGAGCCUCACAGAGUUUACCCGUCCAUCGCCGCUGACAAACGCAAACCCCUGAAGGUUCUUUCGCUCUUUGACGGCAUUGCAACAGGAUACCUGGUGCUCAAAGACCUCGGGUUCAAGCUGGAGCGCUACAUCGCCUCGGAGAUUUGCGAAGACUCCAUCGCGGUGGGGAUGGUCAAGCACAAGGGCAAGAUUGAAUACGUCAAUGAUGUCCGCACCAUCACAAGGAAACACUUGACUGAAUGGGGGCCGUUCGACCUGCUGAUUGGAGGAAGUCCGUGCAAUGACCUCUCCAUCGUCAACCCCCUGCGAAAAGGAUUGUUUGAGGGCACCGGAAGGCUCUUCUUUGAAUUCUAUCGCAUUUUGACGCUGUUGAAGCCAAAGGAGGGUGACGACCGGCCGUUCUUUUGGCUCUUUGAGAACGUGGUGUUCAUGUCCACCAGAGACAAGACGGACAUCUGUCGAUUCCUGGAGUGCAAUCCAGUUCUCAUUGAUGCUGUGAAUGUCAGCCCUGCACACAGAGCACGCUACUUCUGGGGAAACCUCCCAGGCAUGAGCAGACCACUGACCACAUCGCUGGAUCAAAAACUGUCUCUUCAGGAUUGUUUGGAAGUUGGCCGUGUGGCAAAGCUGGAGAAAGUGCGAACCAUCACAACAAAGUCAAACUCCCUCAAGCAGGGGAAGUUGGGGCUUCCCGUCAUCAUGAAUGACAAGGAAGACUUCCUGUGGUUAACCGAAAUGGAACAGAUUUUUGGCUUCCCCAAACACUACACGGACGUGAACAACAUGGGACGCAUGCAGCGCCAGAAGGUCCUGGGGCGCUCCUGGAGCGUCCCGGUCGUCCGCCACCUCCUGGCGCCGCUCAAGGAUUAUUUCGCAUGCGAGUAGCAGCAGUGAAGUCAGUAAACCUGCCAGAGUUCCAAGUUUUAAAGGGCAUACUCACACGAGGCCUGGUCAGAAAGAAUGAACGUUUGCGUGUUUGUCAGAGUACACGGAGAAAACCCACACAAGCACGGGGAUCCGUUUUUACUGUCAGGAUUUUUAGAAACUUCAUGUUUUUUUUGUUUUUGUUUUUUGAUUGAACAAGGAGUUUGCAAUUUAAAAAAAAAAAAAUCCCUUUUCAUAUUUGCUAAAACAGUCAGUAUGACUUGACAGUACUACAUAAUGAUCAAUGGGAAAAAAAUCUGAUGUCUCUGGCCCCAUUUUGUGCCUUUCAUUUGAUAUACAAGAAACCACUGCACCCGAGAAAAACAACCAAUCAGAGAGAAAAGGUGCGACUUACGAGGAGUUAAUCAAUUGUCGAAGGUGUGCCCGCAAGUGUGCGACAAAAGAUUGACGCUUCGUAAGUCACACCUUCUGUCUCUGAUUUAGUUUUUUUUCCCCCACUCGGGUACGGUGUUUUUUUUUUUGGGACAGUGUUGCCUUGAGAUAUAAGUGCCUUGAUUUCCAAGUUUGCUUUAACAUACGAGCCGUCACUUGACUACUUUUUUGUAUUGCGAUAUACGAGCCAAAUUUGAAUUUUUUUCCCUGAUCAGUAUACAUGGAUUUUGAUAUAGUGGACCUCGAUAGUGCCUCUGAAAAAAAAUUAGUGAAUGAUUACUGCGUGCGGAAUCAGUCACUCAUUCCCUACUCGCUAACCACUAGAAAUCUACCACGAGAUGAUGCUCGCCAACUUCACAAUAUCCCGCCAUCAUCAAUUCACAUUGGUUUCUUUGCAGUGGAAGCGCAAUACAUACAUUAGGUACAGUCGUGUUUCACACUCACCUUUUAGGCGUUUGCAGGGUUAUGUGGACAGCAACUCUUUUUACUGUUUUAAUACAGUACAAUACUAUUGAGUGCAAUUUUUCUUAUUAAAAAAAUAUACUUUUUAAUGUUUUUAGUUUUAUUAGGGUGUGGGAUGGUUGAAUUCCUUUCCAUUCAUUUCAGUAGGGAAAGACGAUUUUGGGUCAAGUCAUGACUGUUUUAACAGAUAUGACAAAAAAGUGAUUUUUUUUUUGAUUUUUUUUUAUAAAUUGCAAACUCUCCUUUACAUGGUGCUAUAAUCUACUGUAUAAUGUGAACAAUAACAGCUGGCCUGUAUCAUCAAGUAUUUUUAGGGCGUCAGUCGGCAGUUUCCAAACAGACCGCGCUGACGGUGGGUGAUGAUUAUUGCUGCCUAACAAAUGUUUACACCGCCAUGAACUCUUUUUUUAAAUACCUCAGUGGAAUGCUAGGGCAUCCUCAAGUUACAAGGCAGCUGAAAUCAUGUGUACUAUUCCCCCCCCCCGCCCCCUCAGCACAGCUGCAUUGAGCCAACGUAUUCAAAAUCUUUUUGGCUGUUAUCCAUUAAAUCGUCGACUGCUUGCCGUUUUCAAAGACGAGACAUUGCCAGCCGUUUUAGAGCAUUUUAACUGAUCGUUCGAGACCCACAGAAUAUUGUGCUCUGUGCACUGAACCUACCAAAAGAAAGUAAAAAAAAAAAAAAAAAAGGUUUCUAGCUUUUCUGUUCUUUAGUAAUCAGCAGUAGAAAAUAGAUUGGCUUCACCAACAACAAUGCUUUCUGACCAAAAAGCAGAGAAAAUGAGCUUUUUCUGAAAAGAAACAUGUCAAUCACAACAGUGACUUUGACGCUAAUAUGUUUUGCUUUUGUGACAUCUGUAGAACAAAAACAACUGGGAAAUGUUUUUUUUUUUUUUUUUUAAAUGGCAAAAUCAUUUAUUUACCGAUAUAAAAUAGAGAGAGUAGUGAUUCAUUCGCCUGACUUUGGUGCGGGCAGCGGUGCCAAUGUGAGCGCGAGUGGUUGUCCGUGUCUAUACGUGCCCUGCGGCUCAACUGGCGACCAGUUCAGGGUGUAGUCUGCCUUUCGCCCGAAGUCGGCUGGGAUAAGCAGGAUAAGCGGUAUUGACAAUAAAGAGGUGCUCUGUGGGCCACGCCGACUUACCGCAUGGCUUAUGGCGUUCGCAACAUCUUUUCUCACGAUCGCGACGUGACAAGCCGAGAGUCACCGCCUAAUCUCUAUCUUCUACUCAAAAGCAAUGCAACGGCGCCUCCUACAAGGAUCUCUGAGUCAUUUCACAGGUUGGCUUACAAACCGGAAUUUUCUGGGCGAGAGCCUCUUCCAUGCCUACCCGCAGAACAACGUACUUGAUGAACACGUAUGUCGGCGGCAAUGUCCACGGCAAAUGAAUGAAUUAACAAAAAGACAAUUCAAGAACAUUAAUUUAGAAUUAGAAUCUUCGUCAUUGUUAUUAGUGUACAACGAACAGUACCACAUUAUUUGUCAUUUUUCGAUAUCAUGUUGAAUGUUCCCCCUUUAGUCCCGCCCAAACACGACUGGCUUACUGACAUAGGCCGCUGGUCUCUACCUCAAUUCUUUGGUUACUCUUUUAUUUUCAUAGUUUAUAUUUAAUUUAUAAAUAGGUAAUACAUUGGAAAACAAAUGUUUCCAUACACUAUAUAAAAAGACACACUUUUUUCUCCCCUCAGUCUGACAUGAAAUCACACUGACCUUUUCCUGUUUUAGGAAAUUAUGAUUACCAAAAUUAUUUCCAUUUGCGAAAUGCCAGAAUUAUUAUUAUUAUUUUUUUUUUAAAAAAAGACAAUUUUUCAUGGCUUUCCUCAAAGUCAAAAGUUUACAUCUAGUAAGAUUACUAUGGCUUUAAACACAAUCCAGAAGAUGAUGUCUUGGCUUGUGGAAGGAGACUCAAGUCAUAUAGUUUACCAAUAAUAAUAAUUACUUUAUAUAGCCAAUUUCAAAAGCAAGUUACGAAGUGCUUAAAAGUUGAAAGGCAAGACUGGUAAAAUAUACAGUGGGGCGAAAAAAAGUAUUUCGUCAGCCACCAAUUGUGCAAAAUGACGGGGUGAGAUCUUGCGUGGAGUUUCAGAUCGAGGGCGGUUAUCAGUGGUCUUGUAUGUCUUCCAUUUUCUAACAAUUGCUCCCACAGUUGAUUUCUUCACACCACGCUGCUUACCUAUUGCAGAUUCAGUCUUCCCAGGCUGGUGCAGGUCUACAGUUUUGUUUCUGGUGUCCUUUGUCAGCUCGUUGGUCUUGGCCAUAGUGGCUUUUGGAGUGUGACUGCUUGAGGUUGUGGGCAGGUGUCUUUUAUACUGAUAACGAGUUCAAACAGGUGCCAUUAAUACAGGUAACGACGUGGCGGACAAAGGAGCCUCUUAAAGAAGAAGAAGAAAUCUUGCUUGUUUGUAGGUGACCAAAUACUUAUUUUCCACCAUAAUUUGCUAAUAAAUUCUUUAAAAAAUUUGUCUCUCAUAGGUGAGGUAUACCAAUGAUGAAAAUUACAGGCCUCUGUCAUCUUUUUAAGUGGGAGAACUUGCACAAUUGGUGGCUGACUAAAUACUUUUUUUGCCCCACUGUAUGCAGACGUCUGACUUUCAAGUAAGUAAAAAAAUCAUUCUGUCACUACUCAGGCAAGCCUAAUGAACCUAAAACCAGAAAGGUUUAGUAUGAUUUCAUUUAGGACAAUGAGGGGGAAAAAAAGCAUAUGUGUCUUUUUGUAUGAUAUAUGUAAACUUCAGUUUUCAAGACUUUCAACUGUACAUGUGUUUUUCUACACGUGUGUUAUCCAUCACGGAUGCCACACCAGCCACUGUGAGCGUGACGAUGAAAAUGCAAUAUGCCGGUGCUGUGUUUUUUUAUGUGUGCAAAUACACUUUUUUUUAAUUUUUUUUAUAUAAUCUCGAUGUUUGUGAUGUACGUGUUGAUUUGUAAUAUUUUAAAAAUGUGUGAACUGCCUCGUUGUCUUUUAAAUACACUGUCUAGUGUGCCUCCAUGUUACUGGAUUGAUCAUUGCUAUUUUAAGCAUUCUACUGUGACUGGAAGUUGAUAAAACUUUUGCUGCCUUAUUAAAGAAUUACUUUCUGUGACACAUUUACUGUCCCAGUAUGUGUAUGUCCGAACUUUAUAGUUUGUCUAUAUUUUAUUGUUAUUAUUUUUGUUAACCUGUGGUGCUAUGCCAACAGGGCUAAAUGUAGUUGUGUUUUGUAUUAUUUUGUGACACAGUAAAAGUGUUCCGGCAUGAAAGGGA